AUGGAGACGCCAGCGCCUCCUCUCUUCCGGGCGAUGGCCACCUCGACCCGACCAAUCUAUCAGCUGCUGCGCUGCGUCAGUUUCUCCAACAAGGUGCAUGUGGAGAUUUCGGACGACGGCAUCAAGUUCAUUGCAGACCACACACGUGUCAUGCAGGGCAUGGCAUCGAUUGGCCGUUCCAUGUUUGCAACAUACUCACUUCACCUCCCCCGCGGAGGCAGAGCUGCCGGUGGCGACGACGACGAUGAUGAGGGAGAAGGGGAUGAUGACGAGCCGCUCCCAGCAACGUUCCAGAUCUCACUGCCUGCCUUCCUCGAAGCCCUGCAGAUCUUUGGUGUGACGGAUGCACCUUCGCGGCAGAUCAAGCAAGACCCCGACGGGUAUCGUACUCAGCGAGGUGGCAACAACAGCAACAACAGCGGCAGCGCAGGCUCUGGCCCGACGGGCGCUGGACGGCAGCAGGCGCCCGACGCGUUCAGUCAUCAGAUCCUGGGCAUGCCGGGCACGUGCAGCAUCUCGUACGCCGAAGCGGGCGCACCGUUUGGCAUCAUUCUGGAGGAAGCGUCCGUGAAGACGACGUGCAACUUGGCGACGUACGUGCCCGAGGCACUCGAGGCCAUCCCCUUUGACCGCGACAGCCUCGUCUUCAAAAUGAUCAUGCAGCCCCGCUGGCUGCUCGACGCGCUCGUCGAACUUGCGCCCGCGUCGCCCAACCUGCUGACGCUCACCGUGACCCCCCGCGAGCCGUACCUCCGGCUGUCCAGCCACGGGCCCCUCGGCAGCGCCAACGUCGACUUUUCGCGCGGGCGCAGCCUGUUCGAGUCGAUCUCGGUGCGCGAGCGCUGGUCGCAGAGCUUCAAGUUUGACCUGGUCAAGUCGGCGACGGAGGCGAUGCGGCUGGCAAGCAAGGUGAGCAUCCGCGGCGACGAGCAGGGGGUGCUGAGUCUGCAGUUCAUGGUGGAGAUGGAGCACGGCAGUGGAGGAGCGGGCCCAGCAGGACCAGGCGCCGGAGCCGGCGGAGGCGCAGGCGGCAACGGAGGCGGCAACAACAUGCAGUGGCUACACUUUACAUUUGUGCCGUUCAUGUCCGACGAGCAGGAAGAGAGCGACGACGAGGACGAAGAUGACGGUACCCGGGGCAACAACGGGACGGCCAGAGGCCGCGGUAGACUGGACAGCGACGACGAUGAUGCGCUUUGA